AAGAGGAAAGACCGAAGAAGACACUACUACAGGUGCUCACAUUUCAACUUUGUCCCUUCGCUGCUAUCUUUUCGCAACCCACAAACUGCCCUCGCAGAGUUGUUUGUCAUACACUUUGAUUGAGGGUUCACCCGGGACAGGAUUCCAUGUUAGGCAACUUGGUAUCAUGCCAACUCAAGAAUAUUUCGAUCAGAUUCCUCCGUUCCCUUCAGAACUACCUGUUGUUUCACUGUCAAAGAUCUCUCUCGAAGGAUUGAAGAACAACACGACAGAAGAAGUAGAGGAAUUGUUCGAAGCGUGCCAACAAUGGGGAUUCUUUCUGUUGGACUUGAGGGGGUCAGAUGAGGGGGCUGCUCUGCUUCAGGACGCCGAAGGAAUGUUCGAGUUGACUACACAGCUCUCUACGCUGGGACAAGAGACUCUGAAGUCUUAUACCUACAAGCCCCCAGACUUUAUGAGAUAUAAAGGGAUAGGAAGCAUAAAGACGGACAAUGGCGAAGCCGACCAUAUCCACGCCUACUCGCUAAGCCAAGAUGAAGUGCUAGGAUACCCCAAUCGCUCAAGCCUCCACCCUGAAGUGAUCAACACCAGCAAAGAGCAGCUCCGGAAGUUCAUCGAACACGCCCACGCUAUAUUAGAUGAAGUCUUGGCCAAGUUGGACAUUUGCUUGGGCAUCGAACCCAAGACACUCGAAGCACUGAGUCCGUUGGACCAGGAAUCUGAGAGCUUAGUCCGCCUGCUCUGGAGCCCAGCCCAAGCCAAUCCCGAUUAUGACCGCAUAUCCUUUGGCGGCCACACUGACAUGGGAACAAUGACGCUCUUAUUUAAUAUCGCAGGCGGACUCCAAGUUCUCCCCGCGAGUCGUGAGAAUGUCAAAGAAAACUGGCAAUACAUAAAACCGGAGCCCGGGUGUGCUGUUGUGAAUGUUGGCGACACAUUGGUAGAGUGGACGGGAGGUGUCUUGCGCAGCUCUCUGCACCGGGUGGUGACAGCUCCAGGGGACCAAGCGAUGGUGCAACGGGAAAGUGUGGCCUAUCUGGUACGUCCCAAGCGAACUGCAUCUCUCCAGCGCCUUAAGGGAGGGGUUAUCCCGCCCUUGUUGCCGGGAGAAGAGGAUGAAACGCGCUCGGUAGAUGAGUGGAAUGAAUGGAGAUCUCGGCAAAUUGCAUUGGGACAGUUGAAGCCCGAGACGCGAGGCGGACGCAACAUGUAAUGUAAUGCGCUCCCCAGCUUCAACUUCAAACGAGGCUUUCUAACGCUACAAACUUUUUGCGUCCUAGGGCGAACACUUGAAAGAUUCCAAGUCGGAGAUACCGGCCAGCUGUCAGACAUCAUAGAGCUUAGAUAAACUGCUAGAGAACCUGUAUCGUAUAUCUUGUCCACAAUUUUCUUAGAAAGUACAUUAUUGGUACCGUAGUGUGGGGGUCAGAUCUGGGUGGCAAGGGACUGAUGAAGUAACUGUAUACGGUCAAUGUGCUCACCCACAGUAAGGUAAUGCCUGUUACCUUUAUCGUCAGCUGAUUCACUCUAACAGAGUGGGCAGGACUGGACCUUUUCUCAUAAUGUGAGAUAUAACGCGUGCAUAGACCCCACAUUUGGAGUGAAUGAUGAUAGCGUCUGGUUCUGGAGAGAAACAAGGC